UCCAUUGCGCAGUGACAGAAGCCAUGGCGAUCCGCUACCCAAUGGCUGUGGGCCUCAGCAAAGGCCACAAGGUGACCAAGAACGUUUCCAAGCCCCGCUACUGCCGCCGCCGCCUGACCAAGCACACCAAGUUCAUCCGGGACAUGAUCCAGGAAGUGUGCGCCUUUGCUCCUUAUGAGAGGCAGGCCAUGGAGCUGCUCAAAAUCUCCAAGGACAAGCAGGCCCUGAAAUUCAUCAAGAAAAGAGUGGGGACCCACAUCCGGGCCAAGAGGAAGCGUGAAGAGCUCAGCAAGGUCCUGGCUGCCAUGAGAAAAGCCGCAGCCAAGGAGGACUAAACAAACCCUCUGGC